AAACGUCGUCCUUCGAGUUUCGUUUGCCUGCGUUUCUGCGUUCUUCUCCUCCUCCUCCUCCUCCUCUUCACUUGAAGAUUCUCGUUUUCGUCCCCCCGUUAAUUCCUCUUCGGUUUCGUGUAGAGUCGCUUGGCCGUCCUCGUUUCGCUUUUGGUGACGCUUAGGGACGAAGCGGUUAUUGGAGAGCUGCUUCUCGACGCGAACUCGGUGGGCUACUUUUGACGGGCCUUCCGCUGUUCUCAUGAUCAAACCUCAAGAUGGUUUCUUGAAGUGAAAUUUCCAGAUAUCCGGAUAUAUGAUGGUUCAGAGUGACAGGUAGAGGCAACAUGGGAAGCGGAUUCAAGCCGUCAACCCCCACUUCCCGUCCACAAGUGAAUGAAGAUCUUACUUCCCAUAUGCUAAACAAUGAAUGUGAUGGCUUUAUUGCGAUGGUUGGUCAAUUGAGUAAUGAUGAAAGUAGCAAUCUUCCCACUCCUUGUACAUCGUCAACAACUCCUGUUCCAAAUGGGAACCUGCAAGGAGCAGCUUAUUCAGGCAACAGGGACUCCCCAUCAGGUAGUGCUACCCUUACAGUUGGUGACUUCCCGUUCGGUAAUAUGACAAGUUCAGUAAUCAGGUCCAGUCAUACUAGCAGAAAUAGCAACUCCCCCAUCCUGCGAGGACAAGGUCUGCAUACUCCUGGCGUAAGUUGGAACUACUUUGGGGUGCCUGAGAGUAGCUCCUAUGGUAACUCAGUCACAUUGGACAAUUUGAUGAAUAGUAGACCCUGUGUCCGGGGUCCAUUGAUUUCAAGAGAUUAUACUGAUUUCAGAGGCAAUGCAAGUGCAGGACUGAGGACAAUUGGACCGACAUGGGCAACAAAUGUACAGAUAGAUCAUGAUUCUGUGGUUGUUAGUAGUGUAGCCAACGGUGCCACCAAUCUUCAGAAUUCUCCCGCAAACUUGAAAAUCAUGCAGGCGAAUUCAAGCAGAGGCUCACAAUACUUGUUGCAAGGACAAUCAAGCAAUAAGAAUACUCCUAGUCAUCAGUUAAUGGGGAAUCUCAAGGACCAAAUGCUACUUGCACCUUUGCUAAAUCAAAGAUCAGAUAGUGUUCAAGUAGGAGAGGACAGCGGUGACAUGUCCAACAUGCUGCAGUUCAGACCUCCUGAAAUACUUGAUGGAAGACUUUUGACCCUUUCAACAGGACCUCACACAGAGAUGAGCUCAAAACCUAUUGUCUCAAGCAGCUGUAGUACUCAAGAAACUGGUGGGGGCAAUAAUGGUCAAAAAGGUAGUCUGUUGCAUCCUGAAAACAGCACAUCCGUAGGUUCUGCUCUACUGCAGAAUGUGGAUGGUAACACUGUAAGGUACCAAAAUGCCACUUUCUGCAGUAGACACCAAGAAAUCAGGUCAAGCCAGUGCGGCAAUUUACACUUGCAGCAUUGCAAUGGUAGAUGCAUCUAUCCUGGAUCAGGCAAUGGAAACCUAAGUCUUCAAGGAAGCUUGGAUAUGAGAUCUGCAAAUAUAGGUCAAAGUCAUCUAGUGUCAUCUUCAAAAUCACCUGUCAGUGACCACUCUGUACUGCGCGGUUUGGCACAGCAUGGGUCGACCAGGUUUCCAUCUUUGUCUUCUCCGUUUUGUCAGAAUAAUGCUCAAGCAGGUUCUCAUGCACUGGGUAAUUCUCGUACACAAGUUGACAGGAAUGUUUCGGGAGUACCCUCUAAAUCAAUUUCUCCGAGUAACAGCAUCUUCUCUCCUCGGCAUGGUCAAUCCGGUAAUCUAGGGCAAAGUUGGACAAAUCAUGUGGUUAAGCCAGUUCCAAAUCUUCUUAGCUGCAGUUCCAAAUCUUCUUGUGCGUUACCCAGCGCUGUUAAGCAACCUGAGCUUCAACAAAUCUCUAAUAUGCCUGUUGGACCAUCUCGUAAGAGGGAGGCACCGCAACUUCCAGCGGCUACUUAUAACGUGGUUCGCAGGAAGACCCAGCCCAUCACUUCAUCAUCAGUUUCUUCUUCAACUCAAACAGCAAUACCUUCACAACCUAUCACUCAUUCAUCAGUUCCUACUUCAAGACAAACUGCAAAAACUUUACAACUGACCACUAGUCCAUGCAUCCCAUCUUCAAGGCCAACUUUGACGUCUUUACAACCUGUUACAUCUUCACAUAUACCUUCUUCAAGACAAAAUGCUACUCCUUCGCAACCCAUACGCCAGGUUGCUUUGCCUCUGCCCCUUUUGGCCGAGCAGCAUCGAUCCAUUGCAGGUUUUGUCCCAACACCACAAUUUGUGCCAGCAUUUCCUUACCCUGCCCAGCCAAUGCAGUAUUUCCCCGUCCAACAUCAGGGUGCUUUAGUUCAGCCACAUAUUCAAGGACCAAACCAGGUUGCUCCAUUUCUCCCUCACCAAGCUCAAUCUGUAAGAUGUCUUUCAAAUCUACGUCAAAAUUCUCUACCUCUAGCUUCACCUCAUAGGGUCCCUGUGCAUCCAUAUUAUCCACCUCUACCUCAGCAUUCUCCGGCAGCUCGUGCAGGGCAGACUACAAGGCAAAUUGCUCAACCUUCGGCACCGGCUUUACCCCCAAGAAUUGUACCAUGGGCUGCUCGUCCACUGCCGGGAAAAGAUAAUUCUUCUGCACUUUCUGCACAUAUCAGAUUGCAAGUUGAAGAUGAAGCUUCCCAGCUCAUUGGACACAAAUGUUUCCUGUGCAAGAGGGAUCUUCGAUAUGUACCAGGAUCAGGUCCUAUCUCAAUACCAUCCCGUCCACCCACCAUUUCUGUUCUUCCCUGUGGUCACACAUUCCAUGAAUCUUGUUUGGACUGGAUCACUCCCGAAGACCAGGCUAAAGAUCCUCCAUGUAUCACCUGUAUUUUUGGGGAGGACUGAGUCCCGUGCUGCUCAAUGGACACAUCAAAUUUUUGCUGAUUAUGGACUUCUAAACUCUGCAUUUUGGAGGCAAUGACCGAAAGAAAGUUCUCUAAGAAGAGUUUAAUACGGUCUCGUAAUUGUUCAUAUACAAUGAUAACUGACGUAUAGAUUCUUCUUCUUUUUUCGCUGAACAUAUGGGCUGUCUUUAGAAGCAAAGCGUGUGCUAAUAUGUGGCAUACGCGAGAUAUUGAGCAAGGUAUGCUCUGCCAUUGUAAAAAUGUUCGGACGAAUUUUGCACCUCUUUUGUGGAGAAGAGGACCCGUAACUCUUGGGGAGAGUUACCGGCGUUUCCAGUGGUUCAAA